AUGUCAACAGAUCAAUAUCCUUGUGUCUUCAAAGUCGAUUUAGAUAAACCAGCUGAACAUCAGCCAUUUCAUAACAGGUGGCACCCAGAAAUUCCGUCCGUAGCGACAAUUCAAUGCGGAUCUGUCUAUACCCUAGAGACAAUUGAAUGGACUGGCGGACAAAUUGGUAACACAGAUGACGCUAAAGAUGUAAAGACCGUUGAUUUAUCCCGAAUCCACUAUCUUCUGGGUCCAUUUGAAAUUGAAGGUGCAGAGGUUGACGAUAUCCUUGUGGUGGAGUUGAUCGAUAUACAACCAUUAAAGAGGCAACCUUUUUGUUACACUGGGGUGUUUGCAAAGGAGAAUGGUGGUGGUUUUCUCUCGUCAUUUUAUCCAGAAGCUGCUAAAAUUGUGUAUGAUAUUGAUGAAAACAAUAUUGCUACUUCAAGACAUCUUCCCCACGUGAAAUUUGACGGACUUAUUCACCCUGGUAUUGUUGGAGUUGCUCCAUCUGCUGAACAAUUAAAAGAGAUCAAUGAAAGAGAGUUAGAGUUGAAGAGAACAGCAAAAAACACGGAAGAUGUUUCAGCAAUUGGUCCAUUAGUGAAAGGAGCCCAUGCAGGUCAAGCUAAAGGUGAACUAUUUGAAAGGAUAGCAAGAGAAGGACUUAGAACCAUUCCAGGACGUCCAGAGAACGCCGGUAAUUGUGACGUGAAAAAUAUCACUGCUGGAAGUCGCACAUAUUUGAGAGUUAAUGUCCCUGGAGCUAAAUUAUCAUUAGGAGAUGCACACUUUUCCAUGCUGGACGGUGAAAGUUCUUUUUGUGGUGCAGGGGAGAUGUCACUGAUCAUCACAAUAAGGACUUCUUUGAUCAAGAAUGGUGUUGAUAGGAUGAAAAUUACAAAUCCAAUUUUUUUACCUGGUAAAUUACAAAAAGAAUACCCAUUGAACAGAUAUUUAACUUUUGAAGGUUUUUCAGUAGACGAAACUGGCGAACAAAAGUACUUAUGUGCUAAUACAGCUUUUAAACAAGCAUGUAUUAAAGCAAUUGAAUAUUUGAGAAAAUAUGGAUACAAUGAUUAUCAAAUUUAUAUGUUUUUAUCUAGUGCGCCUUUAGAAGCACAUAUUGCCAGUAUUGUUGAUGUACCUAAUGCUUGCUGUACCCUUGGAAUUCCAAUGGAUAUCUUUGAUUUUGAUAUUAGUCCUGAAGCUGAGCCGGUAAAACUUGAUAUGGGAAAUUGUGCAUUUGUAACUGGUGCUGAUCACGAGGUUACUUUUGAUUUUGAUAAAUUGCUCAAAAAGACAAAGUUAAAAAACAAAUAG